AUGCGAAAUAAAACCAAAAAUGUCAAUAAACGCGAAAACACGACAGUCUUACACAGAGGCCAGCCGCGGAGAGAUAAUGUGAUAGUGUUAUCAGAGUCGAGCUGCUCGGAGGAGGACUCAGCAUCUCUGUCAGAAAAAGGCACAUAUGGCUCCAACUUUACAUCAGCUGGCUGCUCCACCUCAAACAACAAAACACCCCUAAAGCAAAGGGAGACUUUGACCACAAGAGACAUUAAAAUUGCGCCAAUUUUCUUGCAUAUAGCACGGCGCAGCAGGAGCAGACGGAGCGGGGAUGAGAAGCAAGAAAAGUCUGCAGAAAGGCUGAAAAAAUCAGUGCCUCCUAUUCUGGAUGAAGGUGUGCAACAGGAGGAAAAACAGUCAACAACAUCCAGCCUGACAUGGUCAAAGUUGUUCUGUAGAGAAAAGCUGUCAGCCUCAGUUCUGCAAAGCUGUCUGGAAGAAAUCCAAAGAUCUAACCCUGCAUUUCCAGCCAGAGCAGUGUUCAACACUUUGAAGAAGAAAGCCAGUGAAGGGCUGCAGGCCUCAGAGUCCACAGGUGAGGUUAGGGCUGCAAAGGGGUGGAAAACUUUCCAUGGGAAGUUAAGCCCAUGUUAUUCUUUACUAACCAUUGUUUAGUCUAUCAUAAUAAUCUGUGUUGUUCAUGCCCUUCUGUCUCUUAUCAGCAGAAAACUCAUCGAAUCUCAGCUCUCUUCAAAGUCAACAUAAGGAGAAGAGAAAACGGGGGUUUGAAAGUUCAGAGAGGGUCCCCAAGCGCCUGAAGUCAAGCCUUACUGCAGAGAGUCCUGCUGGUUUGGGUCACUGUCACACACCAGUACAAAGUCUCCUGGGAAAUUCGGCUUUUAUGGGCAAGAAGUCGCCCAGGAGGCGCAAGCUCAGUCGCACCCACAGACUGAGGCAGCACAGUGGGAGUCCAGCCGGCCUGGUGAAGAGCUGUGAACUGAACUCUGGUCUCAGGAGUCACACAGAAACUGAUAGCCAGUCACACAGCCCCCCCGACAGCACCCAAAUAGGUAAGCUCUUGCAUAUAUGAGAUGUUUGAUUCAUGUUUGGAAAGCAAGAAUUUAAUGCUUUCUCUUCCUUUGUCAAGAUUUAAUUUAUGAGGAUGUCCUCUGGACGGACAAAUACAGCCCUCGGCAUUCAAGUGAAGUCAUUGGCAACUCAGAGUCUGUGGAUAAACUGCAAAGGUGAGUCUGAUAUGAUUACCUUGGCUUUCCACUUAUAAUAAAUCACUAAAUGAAAGACCUUUUUUUGCCACUUUUCUGGUUAAGUUGGUUGAAAAAAUGGAAACUCAGGGCCGACUGUGAGGAAAGGAGAAGAAUGAUGGAGGACAGAAGACGAGAGGAAAGCAGCAAUGGUACGAACUAAAAUUUAAUAUAUCAUCUUCAGGUUCAACCCUUUUUUUAAAGCCAUGUCCAUAAAUUUGUGCAGAGUUUCUGUUUUUAAAAGCAGUGACUGUUCUCUUCAGACUCGUGGGACUGUGGAGACUUCCUGGGUGAGGACGGGGCAGAGGAAGAGCCUUUGUGUAACACAAUGCUGAUUACAGGACCUCCUGGUGUGGGCAAGACGGCCUCUGUGUACGCCUGCUCUCAGGAGCUCGGAUUCAAGGUCUGAGUCUGACAGGGACGGUUACCAAAAGUUGAUCAUCCAUUUGUCUUUAAAUAUGGACUCACAGUUAAGUAUAAGCUCAGUGAUGAAAAACAGAUAAAAAAAGUGAAAUAUAAUCCAGAUUGAGCUUCAAAAUUUCCAUUCCAAAAUCAGAGAGUAAUGAAGGAGAUUUCCACAUAUAAUCUAGGGCUGGGCGAUAAACCGAAAAUGUAACGAUACCAAAAUUUACGACAAUAACUGACGUCAUUUUGCCCAUGUCAAUAUAUUUGGUGUCAAAAAAUAAAUAUUAAAAAUUGGAGUUUGGAUGUGUGUGAGAGAUGUGACUCCGUAGCUAAGAGGGAAAGACAGGUGAGGAGAUGGAGGACGGUUCAAAAGUUGUUGCGGCUGGAGUGGCGACUGAAGUAGACAAAGUAAAUAUGGGAGUAGUGGUGGAGUAGUUAUCUAAUUUAUUGUUAUUGAGGUGAACUGUUCAAUAUGUCAUGAUACUAAUUCGAGGCCAUAUCGCCCAGCCCUAUUAUUACUGUUUUAAAGGACAACAUAAACUCUCAUCAGUAUCUUCAGUUGUGAGUUGUCAACUGUCUUGUAAUGCAAACUCAAAUAAAAAAAAAGGAAACUGAUUUCUCCAUAUGCAGAGCUGCAUUAGAUUACAGACAAGAAAUUGUAUCAUGUUGACACAAAUUUCACAUUGACUUCACUCCUCAACAAAAAGACUCCUCUUUUUAUCAAAGGUAUUUGAAGUGAACUGCUCAUCACAGCGGAGUGGACACCGCGUUCUGUCCCAGUUGAAGGAGGCUACUCAGUCCCAUCUAGUGGAGACAUCAGGGAAGGACCCACUCAAGCCAGCCUACUUUAACAGCUACAGCAGCACCACAAAAUCUGAAACCUUACCUGGUAGGAACCAGAUGACAAAAACACUGUCCUCUCUCAAAUCUAAAUGUCCUUCCUUUCUGAAAAUUUCAGCAAAGCAUUUUAUGAGGAAACUGACCGUGUCAAGCUUGUGUAUGUCUGUGGAGGAAAAUAGGUGCCUCAGUGAUAUAAUGAGAUAAUUUUUAUGUUUUCCUACUUCAUGUUUUUUUAACAGGGAAAACAGUGACUCCAAAAAACAUAACUUUUACCUCAAAGAAGAGAGCUGCACAGAGUCUCUGCCGCCCUGGUCGCAAAGCUAAAUCAAAUUCAGCAGCAGUCACUUUAGCCAACUACUUUAAGAUGAAAAACAAAGCUGAUCUCUUACACUCCGGUGGCCUAUCAUCAUCUGAAAAACCAGGCAGUAAGAAGUCUGAUCAUCCAUCGACAGGCUCCGGUCAAAGUGUGCCACAAAGCAAAAAAACAGCCACAUCACUCAUUCUGUUUGAAGAGGUAAAGCCCUCGCAGUGAGACGUAUAAUUUCUGGAUACAGUGUGAGACUGCACAUGAACUUUGUUUGGUCUGGGCUGAAAGGUUUACGGCUGUCUGCUCCCACAGGUUGAUGUCAUAUUUGAUGAUGAUGUCGGUUUCCUCGCAGCCAUCAAGACUUUCAUGACAACCACGAAAAGACCAGUAAUUCUGACCACAAAUGGUGAGCUCAAAGAACAACUGUGUGAUUUUGAAUGGAAAAAAAGAUUUAAGGACAAAGUUUGAAGGCAGAAAAAUGUCGUCCUCAGAUCGCCUAUUCAGAGAAAGAUUCAUCUGGAACAUGGAGGAAAUUAUUUUCAAAGCCCCCUCAGAGGUAAAAGAAGUUCAGUUACAUUACUGCAGAAGUAGCUAGCACUUUUCUCAUGUGUUUGUUACUUUUAAAGGCCUCAAAAAUGAAAGAUAAGUGUUUUAUAAAUGCAAAAAAACAACCUUGUUAGUUGUAAACAUCCUCCAUCUUUUCCAAGGUGAAUGUGUGCAGCUACCUGCAGCUGGUGGUUUUAACAGAGGAUGUGCUCCUGCAGUUGGAUGAUGUUCGCAGUCUCCUCAGAUUGUUUGGAGGUGAUGUCAGACGUUGUCUUCUGCAGCUGCAGCUGUGGGUGCACAGUGGUGGAGGACGGGUAUCUCACAGUGAAGGCUUGCCAAGAGAGCACAUUCAUGUACAGUGUAAGUUGCUUUAAUAAAAUCACAUUUGAACUCUAGGGCUGGGCGAUAUGGGAAAAAGUUUAUUACGAUAUAUUUUUUUUCAUAUCAGUUGAUAUCGAUAUGUAUCACGAUAUUAAAAAAAUAAAUCUUACAUGUUGCCUGUUACUGUUAAAUAAAAUUUAACAUGUACUUCGCAUAAUUUGCAGUGCAAACUUCUCUACUUCAUGCCCGACCUCAAAAAAACAAAAUACCUCCACACCACUAACGUUUUCUUCCAGUGUUGUCGACGAUGUCAUCAUCUGUUGAGCCUUCAUUUGCAUUUCUGCUGGGAGUAGCACUCGUUUUCUUUUUUCCUCACCAACAGUGCUGUCAACUUCACAUGUUAAAGUGCUAUGGUUGCGUGUAACUGCCGCCUGCUACUACGCAGUUUUUUGCUACUUGGUUCUAAUUCAGCACAUGAUUGGUUCAGCACGAAGCGACCCGGGGCAACUCCUCGUUUAGUUCUACCAAAAUAUUGACCAUGUUUCAUAUCGACAUCAAGGGAAAUUAAUUUUUGAUAUUUAUCAUUAUCAGUUUAUCGCCCAGCCCUAGUUAAACCUCUUAAAGACUUGAUGUUUUGAGGAUAAAGAUGAACUCUUUUCUUUCAAUAUUCUCAUCUGUAGCUGAAAGAGGGAACAAUGCAGACUCCCAGCUUCCUCAGUGUGUCUCAAACUGCACUGCUAGUACACUGGGUCUCCACUCUGUGACCCCUAAAGCACUGCAAAGCUUCCUACAGGCAAGUUUUUAUAACACCUUAUCUGUAGGCACUCCAAAGAUAGAUGGAAUUUUAACCUAUUCUUGGUUCUUCACCUUCAGUCCUGGUCCACAACAGACAUGAACAACAUCCUGAGGCUGCUAGCUGAGAGCUGGAGAAGAGCUGUGCCCCUUCUGUACUCCAACCUAGAGCUCUUUCUACCCACUGGGGACAAAGGAACUUUAGUCCAGCCCCUGGAUAUGGAGAAUUGGCAGCAGAGUGAGCUGACACUCUCUACAAUCCAUCCAUGCAUCCAGCAGCUGGAGGAAAAUGUCCAUCAAAAGAAGUCGGAUACAGCGAGUAAAUCACAGAGGACUGCUUCUCGGCUCAGCAGGAGAAAAUACGUCACUCCUGUGUUUGACACCACGUCAACUUCCAAUUUGAUUCAGACUCAAAGAAUUUCAUCACCGUCAAAGAAAGCUCAUCUUGAAGCCCACAGUUUGAGAGACAAAGCGGAAAAAUAUAAAGCCAAAGUGGUAACCAACAGUUUGGAUGCCUUAACCGACUUCUUUGACCUCAUGUCAUACAUCGAUGCCACACUUCCUGCUGCUGUACCUGCUUUCUCAGGCUCAUGUGAACCUGAGGCGUUUGUCUGGACAGGAGCUGAGAUGAAGGAUGGAUUGUUGGAUGAAAUGAGGGAGGAAGGAGAGGGAGAAGGUGGCAGGAGUUGGAACCAGGAGAGGCUGUUGGAUAUUCAAGCCGCUGUAGAGGGCUUGGGGUGUCGCAGGUGUUGUUGGCGGGUGUCUGAAGGGUGGAGCAAAGCCCAGAAAUACAGACAUGACCUGGGAGGGAUAGAGUCAGGAAGGCCGGUUGAAAAACGGACUCAACCUGUCUUAUUUGCUCCACCUCUCUGUGAACCGAGGUGGGUCUGGUCUUUUUAAUUUGAUCUAUGAACACUCAAAGUGAUUCAGAUCUGGAUGUGUGAUUUGAGUACAUUCUUCCUCAUGUUCCCUCUAGUGUCUCUCAAAGGAGAUACAAGCUGAGCAAAAAGAUCCUGUGCAGUAAACCGUUCAGCCUGCUGGGAAACAGAAGAGCUGUAAGUGUUGACUACAUCCCGGCCCUCCGCUGCAUCUGUCGUUAUCAGAGAGCAGCGCACACAGAGGAGCCAGACAGGUGAGAUAGACACAGUUUGUUCGAGCAUAUACUAAUUUAUAAUCAAUGGAUGAUUUAAAAAAUAAACAAAAAUACAGUUUUUUCUGUCAUUGUGGUAAAGGCAGUUAGACAAGGAAAAGCUUCCCCAAUGAGUUACCAUCACUUUGUGUUAAAGCUGAGAGGUUAAAGUCUUGUCUGAGUUUUUCACAUAAUUUUGUCUAGGGCUGGGCGAUAUGGCCUCAAAUCAAUAUAACAAUAUAUUGAGCAGUUCACCUCAGUAACGAUAGAAGGACUAUAACUACUCCUAAAGCUGCUCACCCCCUCCCACAGUAACUUCGUCUACUCCAGCUGCUACAACUUUUAAAUCGUCCUCCAUCUCCUCACCUGUCUUUCCCUCUUUGUUAUGGACUGGAGUCAUGUCUCUGACGUAGGACAACAUCUUAAGGGGACAUGAGACCAUGGCCUAUGACUCUCAUCCAAAACCAACUUUUAUUUAUUUGACACCAAAUAUACCGACAUGGGCAAAAAGACAUUGGUUAUUGUUGUAAAUUCCAGUAUCGGUAAAUUUUCGUUUAAUCGCCCAGCCCUAAUUUUGUCUAUUCAAAUCAAAUUUAACAUUUACAGAUAAAUUCUCAUGAUCUUUCCUCCACAUUAGGUGUCGGAAGUACCUCAGCAGAAACCGCCUUAACCUCUCGAAGUCCAUCCUUCAUCUCCUGGCUGAAGAUUUCUCCUAGAGUCUGUAAAAAGUCAGUACAGCCUCACUACCUCACCAUUCACAUAUUAAUCUAAACUGAAAGACUUUGCUGCUUAGAUAGAGUACUGGGAAUGAUUUUACAUGUUUGUACAACACUAAAAAGUCA